AUGCCGAAAAAACGGAGUGCUGAAGAAAAAAUUGAACACUACCAAAAUAAAAUUAAAAAAUUAGAGUCGAAAAAUCGAAUACACGUGGUGACUUACUCGGAAGCCUCCGACGAAGAAUUCAUAUACGAUGGCGAGCAGAACGAUUCUGUAGCUACGGCGUCGUGGCAAAAUGAAGACGAUUUACGACUGCAAACUGUAGUCCAGGAGGUGCAACAACCUGAAUGUAUUAAGCAUCAGGUACCACAAGUGCAGCAAUCCGAAAUAAUACCACAUGAAGACCCACAAGUGCAGCAAGAGCAGAUGGAAGAAGAGACGCUGGACCCUGAAUUUUUAAGUGCCUUGGGUGAUCCUGGUGUUGAAAAACCAAAAUAUGGGGAAAAAAUUCACCAAGACUUAGCACAAAGAUGGCUGCCUAUAUUACGCAAAGGUCUGACCAAAGAGAUUAAGGAUACCUUAACUAAAGAAUAUUUAAUACCCGAAAACUGCAAAUUAUUAAGAGCACCAAUGUUAAAUCUAGAAAUUUCAGCGGCAGUUGCGGAAUCUAACCGGGGUAGAGACAAAAAACUGGAAAUAAAACAACAGCAGCUGGGCCUAGGCAUUACUGCAAUUAAUAAAGCCAUGACAGUUUUACUGAAAUCAGAUGAUAAAGUUAAAGCAAUAAAAAUAUUAUCAGAUAGUUGCCGUAUUUUAUCCGAUUUGCACUUCACCGAGACAGAAACAAGAACGAAAUUAUUAUGUGGUAGUUUAGAUAAGACCUUUGUCAAUAUUAUAGAAAAGGAGGAAAGAGAUGAAACAUUAUUCGGAGAGAAUCUGUCGGAAAAAAUUAAAGCUGCAAAAACAAUAGAAAGACAAGGUCUUCAAAUUAAGAAGCAUGGGGAUCAUCCGAAAGCCUCUACUAGCCACAAUAGCCAAUCAACGAUACGCUCGCGAUUUCCGGGAAACUGGCAAAGCCCUUCUCGCUAUCCGUCGAACAGGGGGGGGCGAGGAGGGCAGAGACUUCCAUCAACAACGGGACGCAGGUCCAUAAUUCCAGCACCUGCUCCAGCUCCACAAACAUCGAGACGAACGACAUUGACGAGACAACGUGUCACAACACGCCGUUAA